CAUCGCCCUGCCUAAUUAAGCGGUCUGGUCCUCAGGGGGCCGGAGGGAGGGGGCACCUGUGAGCAGUGGCGUUACUUGUUAAACAGAGGUUUGUGAAACACUUCUGAAAAGGAUUGGAACGGGCCGUGCUUGGAGGUUCUUGUUCGGUAAUUUUGCAGCUGGGUUUCUGGCCGGAGAGAGGGGAACACCAUUCCUUUCUGUUCUGGGCAUGUCUGGAUUCCCCUUGUGUGGGCAGGAUUUCUGAGACUCCAAGAUGGGAGGUAAGCUGAGCAAGAAGAAGAAGGGGUACAACGUGAACGAUGAGAAGGCCAAGGACAAGGACAAGAAGGCCGAAGGGGCGGGGACCGAAGAGGAGGGAACCCCGAAGGAGAGCGAGCCCCAGGCGGCCGCCGAGAGCGCCGAGGUGAAGGAGGGCAAGGAGGAGAAGGCCGACAAGGACGGGCCCGACGCGGCCGCCAAGCCCGAAGACAAGGAAGGCGACAAAGACACGGCGGCGGCCAAGGAAGACGCCCCGAAGGCGGAGCCCGAGCCCACGGAGGCGGAGGGGGCGGCCGACGGCAAGGCCGAGCCCCCCCAGAAGGCCGAGGCCGAGCCGGCGGCCGGCGACGCCCCCCAGGCCGCGGAGCCCGAGCCGGCGACCCAGGCCGCGGCCGCGGCGGGGGAGCAGGGCCAGGAGCCCGGGGAACCCGCAAAGACUGAGGCUCCCGCAGCUCCCGGCGCGCAGGAGACGAAAAGCGACGGGGCCCCGGCUUCAGACUCAAAACCCAGCAGCGGCGGCAGCAGCAGCGCCGAGGCGGCCCCGUCCAGCAAGGAGAGCCCGGCGGCCACGGCGGCCCAGGCCCAGAGCUCGGCCGCGGCCCAGGCCCAGAGCUCGGCCGCCGCCCCCGGCGCCCCCGCGGACGACGCGCCCCCUGCCGGCCACGCCGAGCAAGCCGUCGCGCUGGCCGACUGACUCGACGGCCGGCCGACUGACUCGACGGCCGGCCGGGCCGCCGCCUGUGUCCCCCCCUGUGUCUCUCCCCUCUGUCUCUCUCUCCUCUACUAACUCGUUUCACAUCGGAAGUAAUGAUAUGUAUUGCCCAAGGAGGAAAAACACGAAAGAAAAAAAAAAAAAAAAAAACCAACACACACACACACACACACACACAAAAACAAAACAACAACAACAAAAAAGAAGGAUGUUGUCCCAUCGAGGGAGGGAGGGGGUGGGGAGAAUCCAAAUAGUAUUUUUGUCGGGGAAAUAUCUAAUAUACCUUCAGUCAACUUUACCAAUCAGUCCUGGAUUUUAAAGCUCAAUGUCUGAAAGUACAGUACAUCUUUUGUACCUGAACUGCUGUCACAUGCGCUCCGCCGCUAAGAUCCGAGUAUCUUGUCUUCUGCGAGGGGGUUGGGAGUGAUGCGUUUGAUUCUGCCCGCAGGGCCUCUGCCAAGGCAAUCAGAUCUUUAUGAAAGCAGUAUUUUCUGUGUUUUCUUGUUAAUUUACAGCUUUUCUUAUUUUGAUAUUUUUUUAAUGUUGUGGAUGAAUGCCAACUUUCAGACAGCCCACUAAGCCUGUCCACAUGUAUCUCGAUGCCAACACUCCAUUCUUCCUCCCCAGGUAUUUUUGGGAGUAACAAACAUUCUCUCAUCCUACUUAGCCUCCCUAGAUUUCUCAUGACGAGUUAAUGCAUGUCCGUGGUUGGGUGCACCUGUAGUUCUGUUUAUUGGUCAGUGGAGAUGAAAAAAAAAAAAAAAAAAAAGUCUGCGUUCAUUGCAGUUCCGGUUUCUCUUCCAUUCUGUGUCACAGACACCAACACACCACUCAUUGGAAAAUGGAAAAAAAUAAAAAUAAAAAAAAAAACAAAAAAAUGUACAAUGGAUGCAUUGAAAUUAUAUGUAAUUGUAUAAAUGGUGCAACAGUAAUAAAGUUAAACAAUUAAAAAGAA